CAGUAAUUCACCUCCGUCCCGCCUCGGGCAGCUAAAUAUCUUCGCCGAGGCGACCUUUCCGCCGGCUGGGCUUUGGCACGCGACUUGAACGCGUCCGUCAGCUCGUUGGACGUGUCUCGCAUCGCGCUCGCAUCUUCUGCACAUCGACAGCGAUGGCGGGGGCAGGACAGGCGCGCCCUUUGAUCACUUUCCACGCACCUGGAGGGCGGACGUUUCAGAGAAUCUUCCGAGAUGCUACCUUGUCGGAGACGAAGGAUGCAGUGAGGCAGAAGCUCAAAUGGCCUGCCCAUGAGGAGAUUAGCCUCGCGCGAAUUGAGGACGGGAGGCAUAUUGACCUGGACGAUGAUGAUGACUUUGAUGCGUUUCGCAUCGCAACACGGUCGAAGCCUACGGUCGAAGUCUCGGUGACUGUCGGUAGUUCCUCCAUUCCCGCUGGUCCAUCCAUCAACCAUGCCCAACCGCCUGCCGACUUGCCCAGCAGUCUUCCUCCAUCGGAGCCUACCAGUGUUCUUGCUGUAUCACGCAAACGCAAGAGACUUCGACCCUCCAUGGCACCUGGCGAUGAACGUGCUUUGUCCAUUGACCGUGGGUCUGGCACUCCCGUGAAUGCGACUGGUGCUUCCACGCCAACUACGCAUGCUGGCGUAAGCUCUGUUCAGGUCCUUCCUGGUGCGUCAAGGCCGGGUGCGCAAGACGCUGACGUCGAGCGUCCGCGGAAAAAGCGCAAGAAGCUAAAGUUCCGAGAGCCGAGCGUUCAGGACUCAGUGGAGCGUUCCGCUUCGAAUCCUCCACCAAGCUAUGUUCCUCGUACGCGCACACUUGUGUCAAUUGGAUAUGGUAGCUGAAAUAGACUUGCAGCCACCCCUGACUCGUUGGCUUCAGGU